ACUACCAUUUGUACCCAUGAACUUUACGAACGCUGACAAAAGUACCCAUGGAAGUAGAAAAGUGACUUUGUACCCAUGAAAGGCUGGAUCCGUCUGUCGAUAGUACCCGAACGUCAUUAAAACGUUAGCUCCGUUAAGUUAAAAGCCAACGUGGAACGUUAACUGCUUACCUGGCUUUGAAUCAGCAGUCUAACGUGUCCAAGCAUAAAUAUACCGUUAUAACAUCACCCAUUCCCCUAAUUUAUCUUCAACUGUUUCCCCAAUUUCAAUUUCAAAACCCUAGAAUGUCUAGGAGAAGCAGAGGUAACCAAUGUUCUUCGAAUGGAAGCAUCAGCGAAGAAGGGACUUCGUCUUCCAAGAGGGGUGAAGAGAAGACUUUGUCUGGAAAAUGCUUUUGUGGACAGGGUGUGGUGUUGCUACAAUAUGGAACCUUAACAAAUCCUGGGAGAUGGUUCAUAAGGUGUCCUCUAUGGAAGACGAUGGAUUGCAAGUAUUUUGUAUGGGUGGAUGAGAUUGACGGAGGAUGGGAGAGACUGGCAAGAGCCCUUGUUAGAAAAAAUCAAGAUAGCUCCUGUAGUAACCAUGAGGUCAAUCUCACUGGGCAAAGAAGAGAGAUUGAAGAGAAUAGUGUGAAGAUCUUGUUAAAGAUAGGGAAGCUCCAGGGUGAAAUUAGAACUAUUAGGGCAUGGAUUAUAACUAUUUUUUUGAGUUUACUGAUUUGUGUAGGGCUGAAUCUACUCCAAUUAAUCAAUAUGUAACUGUGCUUAUGGUGUAUGUUGUCCUAGGA